CUUGAGCGCGCUGUUGAAAUGAUCGCUGUGGGUGAUAUCAAGGCUGAGGAUAUUUUAGCUGCAACAUUAUCCACCAAGAUCAGUGUUAAGCUGCCAAAAGUCCUCAACAAGGUCACUGGAAAGGAGACCAACAUCCCUUUUCUGUUCUCACGCGAUAGGUGUGCAAAGAAGACAAAGAAUUAUGCCAGGUCCAUCAAGAAGAUGGGAGCGGCCUUGGUAAUGUCUUUGACAGAGAUCGCACGUUCAGCAUGGAAGGAAAAUGUCUGGCCCGUGGACUCAACUGUCACAGAUGACAAGUCCGAAGAUGAACACGCCUUGCUGUGUAUCUAUGUGCUAACUAUUUUCCUUUGCAUUUUUACUGAAUUGUACGUGCUUUUUGCAGAAUUUGAUGGCACCACGUCCACACGCUGCUACUCCUGCUGGUAA